CCUGGAGGGUUUGCCAGCCCCCGUUGCCCUGCGCUGCUAAGCCUUGCCCCGAGCCGACGGCACUCCCCCUGCGCCGUGGAGGAAAGAACCGGCCUGCUUCGUUCGACCCGCUCUGCUUCCCCGCCUCCGCCAGCUCCUCCUCUCGGGUCUCUUGGAGCCCCUUCGGCCGCCCGCGCCGCCGGCACCCCGGCCGCGCCCUGGAGCACGCAGUCGGGGUGUUGGGGCUAUAACGGUGAGCAAGAGACAACGGCCCUUGUUCCCGCGUAUCCUGCAGUCCAGUGGAUGGAGCCCACAGGACAUAGGUCUACCAGGAAAGAAAAAAGUUUUCCUGAUGGCUGGUCCAAGCAGGAAUUCUCUGUUGUACUGAAGCAUGUCUGGCUUUUCUACAGUUCACUGAUUUCUGGGAUAACCACAGGAGGUCGCCAGGAGACCCUAAGAAUGAGGUCUACAGGAAGCUGCUAGCAAUAUUGUAGCUUCCCCAAAGAACAGAAUGCAGCCCCGGCACAAGUUGGGAAGGGUACUGGGCGCAUGCUGACCUCGCGCGUGCUAGUGCACACUUUGUUCCUGGUCUGGAUGGUGGUCGCUGCCAUAGCAACGGCCUGUACGCCCAGACCCUAGUCUGCUGCCGCCGCCGCCGCCGCCGCCAGCACCAGCACCAGCACCAGCACCAGGGACCGGUCUUCUCCGGCUCAGCUCCCUAGGUGUAUGGCGGCGGCGGCCCGGGAGGCGGCACAGCCCGGUUCUGCGAGACGGUCGCUUCUUGGAUGAAAGCAGAGGCGGCCGAUUUGUUUCCAAGCAUGCCUUUCCAGAAGCACAUCUACUAUCCGCUCGCGGAUCGUCCGGAGAGCCCGGCGACCCUGACCGCCCCUGCCCCUGCUGCAGCAGGCGCAGCAGGGGCAGCCACCAUGGCCUGGGUACCCCCCACCGCCGCUUCGGGUCCCCUGCCCUUCUUCCAGUUCCGGCCCCGGCUGGAAAGCGUGGACUGGCGGCGGCUGAGCGCCAUCGACGUGGACAAGGUGGCAGGGGCCGUGGACGUCCUCACGCUGCAAGAGAACAUCAUGAACAUCACCUUCUGCAAGCUGGAGGACGAAAAGUGCCCACACUGCCAGUCGGGUGUGGACCCGGUGCUGUUGAAGCUCAUACGCCUGGCGCAGCUCACCAUCGAGUACCUGCUGCACUCGCAGGAAUUCCUCACGGCGCAGCUGCACACGCUGGAAGAGCGGCUGCGCCAGAGCUACCAGGACUGCGAGCAGAACCGGAAGCUGCUCACCAAGCAGGCAGCCGAGGUCAAGUUACUCAAGGAUGAGUGUAAACGCAGGAAAAAGAUGAUCUCCACCCAGCAGGUGAUGAUGGAGGCCAAGGCCAGCUACUACCAGUGCCAUUUUUGCGACAAGGCUUUUAUGAACCAAGCUUUUCUACAGAGUCAUAUUCAGCGCCGUCACCUUGAGGAUUCUCACCUUGAGUACAAGAAGAGGCUGCAGACAGAUAAGCUCCAGGAUGAGAUCGACAUGCUGAAGGAGCAGCUGCAGCUAACCAAGUCUCAGCUGGAGGCUGCCCAGCAUGCCCACGCAGUGAGAUUCUCUAAGGAAUAUGAAAUGCAGAAAGCCAAAGAGGAAGAAUUCCUGAAGUUAUUUGAUAGGUGGAAAGAAGAAGAAAAGGAAAAGCUGGCGGACGAAAUGGGAAAAGUCAAGGAGAUGUUUAUGAAGGAGUUUAAAGAAUUGACUUCUAAGAAUUCAGCAUUAGAAUUUCAAUUGUCAGAAAUACAGAAGUCCAAUAUGCAGAUCAAGUCCAAUCUAGGCACAUUAAAAGAUGCACACGAGUUUAAAGAAGACCGGCCUCAGUGCCCCCAGGAUUUCCAAAAUGUGAUGCAGCUUCUUGAUAGUCAGGAAAGCAAGUGGACAGCUCGAGUUCAAGCACUCCAUCAGGAACACAAGAAAGAAAAGGGGCGGCUCCUGUCACACAUAGAGAAACUUCGGACCUCAAUGAUAGAUGAUCUAAACACAAGUAAUGCUUUCUACAAGAAGAGGAUAGAAGAGUUAGGACUGAGGCUACAGGAACAAAAUGAACUGAUCAUUACUCAGAGGCAGCAGAUUAAAGAGUUUACCAGUAAACCAUUAAACAGUGCCAGUGAACCCAAAGGGAAUCCUUUAACCUGGCAAGUGUUUGAAUCUAAGCCAACCAUCCCAGGUAUACCUAUGAAGGCCACUGGGCCCCAGACUUUAGAUGCCAACUCAAGUUCAACAGUAGCUCCAGAACAGGCACCCUCGUUGCACAUACUGGAACCAAUAGAAGAACUCUCAGAGGAAGAAAAAGGAAGAGAGAAUGAACAGAAAUUGAAUAACAAGACCCACUUCAGGAAAGCCUUGAAGACUCACCCUUCCCUCACGAAGGAGAUCAGGACCAUUCUAGAGCAGGGUUUGGUGGAGAAACUGGAAACCUUGGGGAUUGAUGCAGAUAUACGGGGCAUACCAACUGACCACUUGAAUAGAGUGCUGAGAACUGUGGAGUUGGUGAGACAGGAGAGAGAGAGGCAGUUACCUAACAUUCAACAGAUUCGAGAAUUAAUUGAACAGAAGGUCAGCUGUAAAGUUGAGGAGAGAACCUUACUGUCUUCAGACAGGUACACUGUUUCUCUCCUGGAGGCCGUCUCAACUGGAGAAAUUCCCAAAGUGGUACAGCUGCCUCAGAAAAGCAGACAUUUGAUUAGACAGAGUCCUGUUCUUUCGGAGAGAGCAUCUGAUCCAAAAAUGCGGGAAAAUGCCGUUGAAGAUAGUUUCCCCAGAAAGCCUACAACUAUUACGACUCCCCCCUUUAGUUCCGAGGAGGAACUGGAUGAUGACCACCCCAUGCAGGCAUAUACAUCCCCAGACUUACUUCCUGUGCGGUCAACCAAAAGCAACCAGAGCAGCUUUGGAAAGAACACUUCCAGAAGCGAUACAGACUGGACGGAGGGAAGUGAUGUGGAGACCUCCGAUGUCUCUCCCAAACCCUCAGGAACUUCCGUUAAAACACUAGCUGGAAAAGUUGAGAAGACAGUUUCAAGUCACAGAAGCAUCAGUCGGCCAAUUGGUAGAAUUGAUGCUGCCGAGGCAUUCAUCAAAAAAGAGCUACAAGAAGAACUAAAGUGCACAGAUGUGGAUGAUGAUGACUGGGACAUAUCAUCCUUAGAAGAGGACAAAGCCCUGGGGAAAGCAAUUGAGAAGGAUAUCAAAGAACCACCUCCAGUUGUGAAGAAUGAACCAAAUUCAAUGCACAUUGCAAAUGCCUGGGAUGCACCUAAGCCUACGAGACCAAAGGGACAAGGACUUCUGGAAAAUGGAUUAAGCACUUUAAAAAGCAGUUUAGUAAUGGUGACUGACUGGAGUGACUCUUCCGAUGUCUAAAAUUGCAAGUGUCAGAAGGUUCUUCCAGAAGCCCAUGGUGUUUCGGUGUCUUUCAAGUGACCUGCAUAUACGACUAUUAACACUGACGCCCCACAGUAUUGCCCACAAUAACAAGGAAGCGGACGGACGCAGAGAACAAGGAUCUCUUUAAUGGUACCAAUACAGUAUGGAAACGCAAGUUGGCUACAGUUUUUUUAAAGCAGAUAAAUGUGUUGAAGAUGUCUGCUGCCGAAAAAUAACAUGUCCUUGAAGUCAUAAAAACGUUUUUUCCUUCAGAAUGGUACUCUAGUGUUAAGUGUUUUUUUCAACUAAUGUUUAGUGAUUUAUUUCCCCCUUACUUGAUUCCACCAGGUUUUGCUUUGUAUUAUUAAAACUUUUUUAAAAAACAACAACAACAUCUACUUAUAUAAGUAGUCACCUACUGGAAGUAUUAUAAAAUUCUGCUAGUAACUUUAAAGUUUAAUUAGUGGAAUCAGUGAAAGUUUCAGAGUAGACUGGUUAUUUUUCAUAUGGAAAGUAGUCUUGCUGGGCUCAUUUGAAACACAUUUUCCCAUGGUAUUGUCAUAAAAUGCCAUCGUGAGCAUGUUGGUCUUAAAAUGAUUAUUUAAUGUAACAGCCUCCAAUAAAAUAAUUUUUAAUGUAAAAAAAAAAAGAUUAUUUAAAACUUAAACUACUAUUUCCAGCAGAAUAAUCUUUACUUUGGAUACUCCAUGAAUAAAAAUGUAGCCAUUUUAAAUGCCGAUUAGUUUAUCAGAAUAUGAAUAGGAAAGAUUUGGAUCAUUCCUUAAUUUGUAUGUGUAUGUAGACGUUUCAUUUUUUAAAGUUUUAAUGUUAAACCCAUAUUAUAAAAUACCUCAGAACUGAUUUUUUUAGUUAUGUUGUUGACUAAUGACAUUGUCAAAGGUCAAAAGAUUCGUAUAAACCAUUUUUUUUUCAUUCUGAUAUUUUGUGGUACUAUCUGCACUGUUUCCCCCAAAAGCAGCAUUUUAACAAAAAGGUACCUUUUGGUGGGUUUGGGUCUCUUUUUAUUUUGUAAUACCCCGAAGUAAAGGCCUCCAUGGCACCCA